UGUAACAGUAGUAUUAUACAAAAUAUUAGACUUUGUUCAAUUUAAUAUAAAUAAUUUGAAAAUUUUUAAAAUAAAAUGUUCGUUUUGGAACUGCUGUUAUCGUGACGAACUUGUUAUCGAAAUAUAUCGGCGACUGUCAAUCGAGUAUCAAUAGCAGCAGCAGCAAGCAGCACGAUGUCCUCUUAAAAUUGCUAAAAUUCUACAUUAAAAACACUACCCAAUGUUCGAAUAAACCAUUGACGUGCACAACUAAAUCCCAAUAGUCGAGCUGCAAACAAACACUUACAACUUGGAUAACAAGAGAACAUUAUUUGAGCGAGCGAUAGUGCAUAAAGAACCGCAGAUCCAAGUGACACACAACAACAACUGUGACAAAAUGGCCGAGGCAAUGGUUGUUGAAGAGCGCCCCACAGCGCCCAAACGUUUCUUCUGUCACAUGUGUAAUGUGGAGAUCAACAUUCCCAACACCGACUUCACUUGUCCCUUGUGCUCCAAUGGUUUCGUAGAGGAGUUGCCCGCAAAUGCACCCGAGUUGACAGCGUCUAGCAGCAAUGCGUCAACCAGUAACGAGACCGGCUCCGGUUCUUCGGGAAACAACAGUGGCGGCGCCGGUGGCAGCGGCUUGAUUAAUGUGGAGUCAUUGCGGAAUGAUAUUGUAUCGCUGCUAAGCAUGCGAAAUGUGCCUAAUCUGGAAAUAACCAUUGAGCCAAAUCGUCGUCACACCAGUGUCAUGCACUUGGGUGGCCCGGGCGCCGGUGGAGUUGGCAGUAUGGGCGGCUCCUCAAAUAUGGCGGGCGGCAACAUUGCAGGAGGACGUGUGCGGCCAGCGAAUUUGGAUCGUUUAGACAAUGUGCUGUUCGACUUUCUGCAGAGUUUGCCACUGGCAGGCGCCACAGCAGAGAUAGUCACUGGUCCGGGAGGCGGUGGUGGUGUUAGCGUUGGCGGCGGUGGCAAUUCGCACAUGUUCUUCAUGGGCAAUCCGGGGGAUUAUGCGUGGGGACGCGAAGGACUCGAUACGAUCGUGACACAGAUGCUCAAUCAAAUGGAGACAUCGGGACCGCCUCCGCUCUCAUCGCAGCGCAUCAACGAAAUACCGAAUGUUAAGAUAAGCGCAGAGGAAGUGGAACGCAAAAUGCAAUGCUCCGUGUGCUGGGAUGAUUUCAAGCUGGAUGAGACUGUGCGCAAACUGCCAUGCUCGCAUCUGUAUCAUGAGAAUUGUAUUGUGCCAUGGCUGAAUCUACACAGCACUUGUCCCAUCUGCCGCAAAUCUUUGGCCAACGACGAUGAUAACGACGAUGUUGAUGUCGACGAGGAUUUUGUGCUGCUCAAUCGUUUUGUUAACGAAAAUGCCUCCGGAGCAGGAGGCGCUGGCAACACACCGCGAACGGCAACAGCCAAUAAUGCAUCUAGUCAAACAGCACAGACAACACAGUCGUCGACACAACAAUCGUCAGAUUCAACAGCAUCAAACACUUCUCGCAACAACGUGUUCACCUUUGAUGAUGACAAUAUGUUUUUGGACUAAUUGAGGACAUUGGAAAAAUGGAUGGACUUGAAGCGUAUCGUUUGAUCGCUUCUUCUGAUAUUCAAAAUUAUAAGCGAACGCGAAAAUAUUUAUCAAAUUUGACAUAACACAAAAAAAGUACUAUAAAAUGUAGACACGCUUUUCUUUUAUUGUUGUUCUUCACACCCAAAGGGCUGGUAAACAAUAUUUAUAAAUUGUUGCAAUUUCAUUUUGCUCUUCAAUAAAAAAAAAAACAAAAGAAACUUUUGUAAGCGUAAUAAUACGAUUAUAUGAUAUUAUAAAAAGUAUGUCUGUAUAAAAUAACUUCAAUUCUAUUUAUUGUACUACAAAUUUGAAAUAGGGAAACAUGUAUUGUAAUUGCGCUUAAUUGAAAAACAACAAAUUGUUUUGUAUGCAAAUAAAUAUAAACUAACAUAUGAAACAAAUUUGCAACUAGAUGCUAGUUAUAAAACUAUUUUAUAAAACACGGUUUCGUGGCAUUGAAACAUAAAAAAAAAACACAAUACUAUUAUCAACAUUAUUUAAUAAAUCAAAUCAAUAAUUA